CCCCGCGGCGCCAUGGCGGAGCCCGGGGCGGACAGCCUGGAGGGCUGGGUGGCCGUGCGCGACACCGCCUUCGCCCCGCCGCAGCCGGCGCCGCGGCUCCGCUUCCUGGUGGGCUGGAACGCCGCGGAGGACGCGUUCGCCGUCACCUGCCACGGCCGGGCGGGGGUGGCGGCGGCGGCGGCGGAGGAGGAGGAGGAAGCCCCGCGGAGCUGGGCCGGGCUCUUCUCGGCGCCGGCCCUGCGCGGCGUCCACCGGCAGCUGGCGGCCGUGUGCCCGCGCCUGGAGCCCGCCUUCCCCGCCCUGCCCCGCUCCGCCGGCGGGCUCUGGGCCGUGCUGUUCCCCGGCGGCGCCCCGGCGCCGGGCGAGGCGGAGGCGCAGGAGCUGUGCCGGGCGCUGGAGCGCUACCUGGGCUGGGCCCUGGAGCUGUGCGGCGGCGGCGUGCUGCUGGACGCCCUCUUCUCCGCCGAGCGGCCCCGCGACGAGGAGUACUUCGAGAGCCUCCGCGAGCUCCGCGGGAGGGCCCUGCGAGGGCACCUGGCCCGGGCCAAGGAGGCCCUGCGGCGGGUUCUCCAGCAGCAUAAAAGUGCUGACACGAUGGUGGCUUUGAUGAAGGUUUAUGAAGAAGAAGACGAAGCUUAUCAGGAUUUGGUAACCAUGGCGACGCAGUUCUACCAGUAUUUGCUGCAGCCCUUCAGAGAUAUGCGAGAACUGGCGACACUGUACAAACUGGAAAUCCUGAAAUCUUUGCAGUAUGAUAAUUUGGGGCCUAAAAGAGUAGCAGCUUUGCAGAAAGAUGCUGAAGAAUGGACUAAGCGAGCUGAGAAUGCUGUGUGCUCUAUUCAGGAUAUAACUGUGAACUACUUCAAGGAAACUGUAAAGGCUCUGGCAGCAAUGCAGAAACAGAUGGAACAAGAUCAGGAAAGAUUUGGUAAAGCCACCUGGGCAUCAGCUUUGCCACGACUAGAAAACCUGAAAUGUAUGUUAGCUAAAGAAACCCUUCAGCAUCUGAGGGCAAGAGAACUAUGCGUGAAACAGAAGAGAGCUGCCAUUCAGAAAAAUAUGGAGAACCUUGAUGAAAAAGAAGAGAAUCUAACUGUGGUGGAGGAGCUAGAAAUACAUUAUUAUGAAACCCAACUAGAAUUAUAUAAUGUACAGCUUGAGGUAUUGAAACAUGAAGAGAUGCUGCUCAUUGUACAGUUGGAUGCUUUAAGGAGGCAGAUCAAAGAGAAACAGGAUGAAGUUGUUUACUAUGAUACAUGUGAAAAUCCUGAGGAGCUCAAGGUCAUUGAACAGACAAUGGAACAUUACGCUAACUUGUCAGAAAUGACGAUGCUGAGGCAGAAGAUUAAGCAGUUGGAGACAAAGCGUGGGACUGUCUGUGCGAGGAGAGCCUACCUCAGGAACAAAAAAGAUCAAUGUGAAGCGAACCAUCGACAGAGACUGCAACAGGCAGAAGAGAGCAAGAAACGCUUCCUGCAGCAUCACAGCAUACAGAUAAAAAGAGACAAGCAAAAAGAAGAGGAGAAAAAGAAAAAAGCUUGGAUAAGCCAGGAACGUCAGAAAACACUGGAGAGGCUGAAGACAUUCAGGGAGAAGUGUCCAGCUCAUGUUGUGCUGAAAACAUCUCGUCCACAACCUCUCAGUCACGGGUUGCCACAAAGUGUCACCCAACGGGCUGCAGUACCGUGCCCUCCACCUUCAUCAAGAACAAGGCCAGCACCAGAGCAGCCAAAGAGCUUGCUGAUAGUAGAAACCAAAGCAUCAGAAGCUCCACAGGAGAAUAUCCCAGCAGAUACACCUGUCCAGAUUCUUGUUACUGCUGGUGAAUCAAAGCAACAAAAGGACAAUGAAGAGUUGGUGGUCUCUCCAUCCUCCCCUCCACCACCGCCAUGUCUACCACCUCCGCCCCCACCUCCUCCCUUACCUCUCCAUUUAAAGACACGAUCUCCAGUAGAGGACAAGCCACUUCCCCUUAGAGCUGAUGGCCCUGCAGAAAGCUCUGCACUGCACAAACAGGAUGACUCAUCCAUGAGGUCUAUAAAUAAUUGCGUAGGUACAAUGGAUGAGGUUUUGGCUUCUCUAAAACGUGGUGAAGUUCACCUUCGCAAAGUGGAACGGUCAAAUCCGUAUGCCUCUGUGAAAGACAGCAUCCUCUCUGCCAUACGGCAGGGAGUUAAACUAAGAAAAGUGAAUCGAGAUACUGAGAAAGAUGUCAGUAACGGAUCCUCUAAUGAUCUGGAGAGAAGCAUUAAGGCAGCCAUCCAGAGAAUUAAGAAAAUGUCUGCUGAUUCUGAAGAAGAGGAAAACAAUGAUCAGAAUAAUGGAGAAUGGGACAGCUAACCAAUUUAAAGUAACAGACUACUGACUGGAACAGAGUAUUGGUCUCAUUUUGCACACUGUAGAAGAAUGUAUCUUUCAAAAUGAAAGAAGUGUGAUUGUGUGCGUAUGUGUUCUCAUGGUGCAAAAUUUUCUGUAGAGUAAAAGGAUCCUGAUGGUUUUCUACAGGAACUACAGAUUCUUAUUUUUGCGUGAGUUAUCAUACUCCAAAUUAUGCUUGCAAGAUUCUUACUUUUGCAUGAGAUAUAUUCCAAAAUACAUUUGCAUUAUUUGAUAUUUCUGGCUCAAGUAUGUAGGAUUUUCACCGCAUCAGAAGACAGCUAAAAUACUAGAGUAAAACAUACAUUAUUUAGCUUGUUACUACAUUGUAGGUUACACAAAACUCUUCAGGAAUGAAACUGAAAAUCUAUUUUGUCAUAUAAAAGUAUGACACAACAUGUGAUGGUAAAGGCAGACCAGAACACUUAGCAUAAUUCAGAAUUUUUCAUUCCUACCUCUUUUGCCCAGAAAUUUAUUUAAAAUGUUGCUUGUCUAACACAGUUCACUCAAAUAACUACAUUGGAUACUCCACUCAUGGUCAUGUUGUAAAAUGUGUGCUUACAAAGGAGCUUAGCAGUGUUGAAUGGGUUAAUUACUAUCAAGUUUGAGAUAAAAACUACUGUAGUAAUUACUGAAAAGUUUGAUUUUUAGCCAGAAGCUUAAAUGUAGUGUUUCUAGAUGCAAAGUGUUUUUCAUACAUUUGCAGCUGCAAUGAACCUGUUGGUGUGGGAGAAGGCCAAAAUAUUGUAUAUAAUAUUGUCUUGGAUGUAGUCCUGUAAAACAGAGCUGCAUUUCUCCACUGAGAAUGUCAAUACAUGUUUAUAGCUACUCUGAAUUUAAAUUACCUGAUAGCCUUGUAAAUGACAGUUAUUUGUAUUGUGCCUGGAACCUGACUAUUUAAAAAUUCAACCACAUUUCAUUUAAAGACUCUAUUUUGGGUAAUUAGUUACAAAAAUUAUUCACAAUUUCUUUUGGAAUUUAUACUGACCCUUAAUAAAAAUAUAUCC